UAAAGCAUAUUGGCUGACGACAUGGAGGAAUCUUCACCCUGGCUGCUGCAGCUGUACCUCAUCAGUGAAGCGAGGACUCUGGUUUCCAAGACUGCCAGCUCAGCACCUUUCACCAGCACUGAUACAUGCACUGGUGUGUCUGAGGAUGCGGCAUAUUCACGUCGGGUGUCUUGUGGCAAUGACUUUCUUGUGGGUGGCAAACAGGAUGCAUGCUAAGAAAGGUGUCAAAUGUGGUGGAGUCCUCUCCGCACCAUAUGGCAACUUCUCCAGCCCUAAUUUCCCUGGACUCUACCCCUAUGACACCGAGUGCACGUGGCUCAUAGUGGUCACAGAAGGAUCCUCAGCCCUGUUGACCUUUGACCACUUUGACCUGGAAUAUCACGACAACUGUGACUACGACUACCUCAAAAUCUACAACGGCUUCUCCGAGGACGAGGGGAAUCUCCUGGGAAAGUUCUGCGGCAAGAGCUCCCCUCCUCAGUUUACUUCUUCCUGGCAUGUCAUGUCCAUCAUCUUCCACUCAGAUAAGCACGUGGCCAGUCAAGGCUUUUCUGCAGCUUACCGGAAAGAUGUUUGUGGAGGAGUGCUCACAGGCCUUUCCGGCGUGAUAACAAGCCCCCAUUACCCUGAGAAUUACCCCAACAAUGUUGAAUGCCGCUGGAUCAUCCGGGCAGUGCCCAACUCCAUCAUCAAGCUGGUUUUUGCUGACUUUCAGAUGGAAAACAAUGAGGGAUGCAAUUUUGAUUACGUGGCUGUCUAUGAUGGGCCCACGAUGGGGGACAUGCAUCUCAGCCACUACUGUGGGAAUAUGAAACCCCCUGAUAUCGUCUCUUCCACGCACGAGCUCCUGGUGGUGUUCAAGUCAGACUUCAACAUAGGAGGUAGAGGCUUUAAGGCCUAUUUUUUCUCAGGCAAAUGCCAGGAAGUAUACACAGCCAUCAAAGGAAAUUUCUCCAGUCCUCAGUAUCCCAACUUUUACCCCAACAAUAUCAAAUGUCAUUGGACCAUCCAGCUCCCCCCAGGAUACCGAAUCAAAGUCUUCUUCCUGGACUUGGCUCUGGAGGGGCGGAACAGCCUAACAGAUGGCUGUGAUUACGACCAUCUGGCAGUGUUUGAUGGAGGUACUGAGAAAGCUUCCCUCCUGGGGAAGUGGUGUGGGAGAGAGAUGCUGUCUCCCAUAAUAUCCACUAGAAACAAACUGCUGUUGGUCCUCCAUACGGACAGGAACACGGCCAACAGGGGGUUCUCGGUAGCAUAUAUUGGAGUUGUUCCCGUGAACGUCAGCUGCACGCGAACAGAUUUCCAGAUCCAGAUUCCUGUGCAGUCUCUUGCCCAGCUGGAGAGAAAUAACAUUUAUUUAGGGACCCCAUCCUGUCCUGCCCAAGUGGUUGGCCUGAACUUUAAAAUACACACCAGGUUCGACACCUGCGGUACUGAGUCCCAGAAAAGAAACCACACGUCUGUGAUUGUCAGUAUCCUGUAUAUCGACUUCUCGGCUGGGAGCCAGGAGGACAUUCAUGAAUAUGAAGUGCAGUGCGAGCCUAAGAGGAAAGAAGCUUCAGUAACCCUUAUCUCGAGCUCCGACCCCUACCGGCUGACCCAGGACGCUGAGAACCUGGUGGAGCCCAGCGGGCAGGAUGCAGAAGCAGUGGAGGCCUAUGAGAGCAAAAGCCAGGACAGCAGUGACAUUGUCUUCAUUAGCAUCUGUAUUCUUGCUGGUAUCCUCAUGGUGAUUGCGGUGGUUGGACUAGUGCUGCUAUAGGAUGCUGCCUUCGGCCCAGUUCCUCCUUGGCUGCUCUCCAUCCCCGUCACAGACACACAUGUACUGCCAGGGUCCUUUCAUCCAAGAUCCUGGGCUUAGCUCAGCUGCUAAAAUGGAAGCUCAGCUUCCAUGUCCUAAAACAGAGGUUGGGUUCAACCUCCAUCUCCUCUCGGUUCUCUGGAGAAAUUGGUGCAAUAGGCAAACAGCUCCUCUUCUCAGCUAUAUAUUUUUUUCUUUCCAUCUGUCAAUUGGGUUUAGGAAUCUGAUUGUUGGGUUUCAUUACUCUUCCUACAACUGUUUCCAGUGGUGGGGCUACA